CUCAGUGUAGGGGGUUGCCUGGGCGUGGAGCCGGCCAAAGCUCCCGCAGCUAGCGAGCUCAGAAGCAUGAUUCGCUGGACACUUGUUUUUGCUGUUUAAAUGCUGAUGUAACAAUUAAAGUAACUAUCUGAAGGACCCCAGCAAACUCACUUUUCACAGAGGCCCUGGCAGGGGACAUUCUCCAGGGAGACAAGAUGAAUAUCAAAGCAGUCAAAGUUCUGUGUCUGCUGGGGGUCUUUUUCCUCAUGCUGCUUGGGUCCCUCCUGCCCGUCAAGAUAAUAGAAGCGGAUUAUGAGAAAGCUCAUCGCUCCAGGAAGGUCAUUGCCCUCUGCAAUUCCUUCGGAGGAGGGGUCUUCCUGGCCACCUGCUUCAACGCCUUGCUCCCCGCCGUACGAGAAAAGCUUCAAGAAGUUCUCAAGCUUGGGAAGGUGACCACAGACUACCCCCUGGCCGAGACCAUCAUGCUGCUGGGCUUCUUUAUGACUGUCUUUGUGGAGCAGCUCAUCCUGACCUUUCGGAAGGAGAAGCCUUCCUUCAUCGACUUGGAGACCUUCAACGCCGGCUCAGACGUCGGGAGUGACUCAGAAUAUGAGAGCCCCUUCAUAGCAUCUUCCAGAGGGCGCACGCUUUACCAUGAGCACAGCCACCACUCCCACAGCCAUGGCUUGAACGUCCAGGAGCUUUCCCAAUCCAGCCCCUUGCGGCUCUUCAGCCUGGUGUUUGCCUUGUCUGCCCACUCCAUCUUUGAGGGCCUGGCCCUGGGCCUCCAGGAGGAAGGAAACAAAGUCAUGAGUCUGUUCUUGGGCGUGGCCAUCCACGAGACGCUGGUGGCUGUGGCACUGGGCAUCAGCAUGGCUAAGAUCUCAUUAACACUGAAGGACGCUGCCAAGCUAGCACUUACAGUGAGUUUGAUGAUUCCUUUGGGCAUUGGGAUCGGCAUGGGCAUCGAGAGCGCCCAGAACGUGGCCAGCAGCGUGGCUUCUGUGCUCUUACAGGGCAUUGCUGCGGGAACUUUCUUGUUCGUUACCUUCUUUGAGAUCCUGGCAAAGGAACUGGAAGAUAAGAAUGAUCGCCUGCUGAAGGUCCUCUUCCUGGUCUUGGGCUACACGACCUUGGCGUUGCUCGUCUUUUUCAAGUGGUGAAGGCUGGAGCGACGGACAGUAAACCCCGACUCCUCCCCGUUGUAAAUGGUGCUGAGAACAAGACCCCUUUCCAGCCAAGUAGGGACGCAGAGGAACACCACAGUCUGGGGGGUGUUUACGCAUCGACCUGGCAAAAGGAGAAUUGUUCCCUGGGGUGCACAGAAAAUGAGAUUGGGGAGUGUCCAAAAAGAGGUUUCGUGUGGCAUUGGAACAAUGGGUUGGGGAGUUGGUGCAGAGAUUGCUGGAGGUCAUGAUGAAGUAGUUGGCUGUAACGUUGCCUCCGAAGGGACCUUGUCAGCGGUGCGUUCUGCUAUUUGUCUAGCGAUCCCACCCCCCAGCACAGGAUAACCUGUGUCUCCUGCCUUCAGGCUCUGGGCUCCAAGGAGGUGAAAAGUAAUGGAGAAAUCAAACUGAAAGCGGGCUGGUAUAAUGGAGCGUAAGACAGCACUAAGCUGCUUGUACCAGUUUAGUUUUGAGUAAAAACUUGGCUGGUGUUAUUACCUGCCAAAAAUAUCAACUGUUCUGGGAUACCACAAAUGUCUUUUAGGUGUGAUUUGAGCCAGGAUCCUGUGGUGGCAGAGAGGCCGUUAACCCACAAAAAGUCCAUCGCGUCGGUAUUGUCCCUGAGAGAUUAAUCAAAGAAACAGUCCAGAGUCCUUUUUACCCCCACGUGUCAUGUUCCAUCACUGUUGUCUGGCCCUUCAUUGCACAGUCACUGAUGUGAAUCUCUAGGAGUUUGGGUAAUGAUCACUUUGAAAAAUUUAGCCUUAAAAUCCAGAAUCCUUUCCAAAGCAUCCAGGGAGCUUUGGCUACAUGGUCUUGAAUUGGUACAAAUGGAUGUUUGCAAUUUCCAGAAUCCAUAGUUUGGUCAUUUCAAUUGUCCGAGGUGGAUUUUGGUUUGUGGGGGGGGGGGUCACCCUUGGAUGGAUCUGAAAUGACUCUCCCAAAGCCACGUCUUCUUUGUGCUAACGUGUUUGCUUCUCUCUUAUACCGGCACGUCUCUUGGACUGACGAGGACCAACUGAUGGUGUCUGGCAACCAAUAUUUUAAUUGCUACAGAACACCAGAGUUAAUUAAUCUUACUUGGAAGAAAUGGGGAGGGGCUAAUUUUAGGCCUCAGAUGACCCCGGUUAGCAAGGGCCAAUUAAAAUUCAGUUUGGCUUGAUGUGCCAAUUUGGUUCCCAAAUACAGAAUUGUGGGCAGGUGGCACUGUAAACGUUCUCUCUGUUUUCUCACUCGUAGCUAGCCACCACAUGGAGGUUUGGCUCCUGCUCCGCAGUCACAUCCUGCUGCUUCUGUCGCUCGUCCUUCAUUCUGGCCUCUGGCUUUGAUGGCGAGACAGGCAUAGUGUCCAUAAUGACUUAGCUAUUUCUGCGUGUAAAAAACAUUCAAUCAGAUAUGCAAACUACACAACGGCUGUAAAACACGAGUGACGAGGGAGUAUCCUUGGGGGGCUUUGAUGCCGUGAGAUAGGAUAGAUUGUAUUCUUUCCUGCUCUCCCACGCCACCUUCGUAUCCGGGAAUCUAUCCGUUUGGUUUGGAUCUUGAAUCGUCCUCACCACUGGAGUGACUGAGACCUGGGGGAUGAGUCUAGAUGUUCUGAGUUCAAUUCUGACCCUGCCACAGAAGCCUUGAGUGACCUUGGGUAGGUCUUUCCCCCUCUGUAAAAAGGGGCUGAUGAUAUUUAUCCUGCCUCCUGGGGGUGUUGUGAGAAUUAGCCAGUUAAUGUCCCAGCUACGGAAGUGCUGAGUAUUAUCAUUAAAAAGGGGUUGUGCGUGCAGUGAGAAUAGACCCCAAUGUGUUUGACGUGGGCUUUAAUGUGAGGCCACGGGCAGUUCACAGGGGGCUGCUUUUAUGUUGUUCAUUUUGUAAAUCAAAGGUGGGAUGGGUAUUGCUGCUGGUCUACGUCUGGCUGCAGACCCUUUUGUCCUGCACAGGCUCCAUCCUGCAGGUAGGCGGCCAGAAGAUUUGAGCACCUCCCAGACAGUGCCAGGGUUUUCACUUGCCCAUUUGUUCAAGAGCAUUUUGUUUUCCUCCACUUCCACAUUCAGGAACCUCCUCCAACCCUUAGCUGGCCAGGCAGGGCUGAUAUUACAAUGUGGGAGCGGCAGUCUCUAUCCGACUGUCACAUGUACAGGCCUGUCAGUUCUCUUAUGCUCUGACUGGCGCUGUGUAUUUUGGGGUGAUGUGACCCGGAGAAGCGAGGUGCAGAAGAGUUGGCUCUCCCGUCUGUCGUCAGCGUUUUCCUGUAAGAGGAGCCAAAAUCCCAAGGUGGUAUCCAGAUUUGCAUCUCUCCUGUGGCAAACCACAACCACUGGCAAUGGCUGCCUUUUUACUGGCGCUCCCACGCACCUCUGCCAGCGCUCGUAGGAGCCCCUCGUAUGUGCUGAAUGUUAAUCAGAGCAAGGUAGGAGAUGGAGUGUCUCCCUGUAAGUGAUCCGCCGUCUGAAGGAUGCUCUCAAGCUAAACCAAUAGCCAAGGCUCAUCCCAGCAAAGCUCUAGUGAUUUGCGGGAACGUGCCUACCCCAGCCCAAACCAGGAAUAGAUUUCCUGGCCCAGAAAGAUGCACUUGCUCGGUGGCAGGUCUGGGUUAAGUGCCCCUCUCUGCAGAGUUUGUCCAGAGGAGAGAGCGAGAGUCCACGUUUCCUUCUCUGGGAAGUUAGCACCAUCUUCUGUCAGCAUCCAUCCCCCACCCUGCUAGUGCUGAGCGGGUGCCUGGCUCAGGCCUGCAGGAAGCCUCUUCAGGAGUGCAGGCGAGAUUACUUACUCUCUGCUGGGACACACAGGAAAGCUGCCCCGUGGCUCUGGGCAUGUGUUUGUGCGUGUGCACGUGUCGCCCACCACCACCCCUCCCCCCGGCCAGUGCUGCAGAUUUCCUUCCAUGGAACGUGGCUUUGAUUUCAUCUUGACGGACUCACAGCAAGAUCUCAGGACAGCUGGCUGGCCUUUAUGGACGGGGAGCUGCAAGGUCCAGCCCAGGCGCUGCACCGUGCUGAAAUCCUCCCAGUCGCAUCAGAUGGUAGAAGGGUCUUUGCAGCCGUUUACAUGGACGGAGUUAAACUGGGACAGGCGAGGGGUCAUUCAGCUCCUCUAACUGAAUGUCAUGCGCACAAAUACCACGUAGAGGAAGGGCUCCUCCUUUCCAGCGUGGGAUGAGUGAUGUAGACGUGCACGUGGAUCCCAUCCAGUCCCCUGGGAUGAUGUUUGGUCUGCCGAGGUUUUAACUUGGUCUAGCUACCGCUCAGCCUGCAGAUUCUUGUAUCAAGAAUGUCUAUACUGCCAUUUCUAGCCCCUCAAGCCAGAGUCAAUUGACCCAGGCUCGGUGCCUCGGCCCCCCAGUAGACACACCCCACGACACAAAAGGAGACAAUGGCCAAACUUAAAACUAGUCUUUGUAACAAGGAGAAAUACCUGGCUUUAGCACAGUUGUCUUCCCAGCCCAGACUAGAAAGAACGGUGAAAGCUCAGGGAACUCGAGUGGCUCUGAAAAUGUCACUCCCAUUUUCGUCUCUCUCAUAAAUGCUGGGUUUCUCCAAAGGAGUGUCAAUUCAGGAAUAGUGCUGUGGUUAGAGAGAGAUAGCAAACCUGUUAGUGGAAACAUCCCCUCGGCAGGGCAGAAGGUGUGUUCUCCAAUCAGAUAUCCGAUUUUCACCUUCUGUUAAAGACCAAGUGACUGUACCACUUUGGUGUAGAUUUCAGUUUCAAAAUAGUUUAUUUUACAAGCGUAUGUGUUUUUGAGCUAGACAAAUGCAAUGAAUUAGAUUUUCGCUUAGAUUCUAUUCAUCAGCUGCUCUGAGUUUAAGAGCGAGGAGGGCUCCAUGGGAAGUGAAUUUUAGAGCGCACUGGGGUUCUUCAGUGCUUGUGUCACAUCCUAAAUGGAUACGUGCGAACAGGGGCAUGGUCCCGGUGCUGUGGUUGCCACAUACAGACUCCUCCUUGGAAGAAGAGGCAGUCCCUGGUGAUUUUUUUUUUUUAAGCAAGGGUUAGGCAGACACAUCUGCAGCCUUUAUAAAUGGGACAGGGCGGUGGUUGUAAAUAGGAAUGCUGGUGUCGGUCUUAAUAUCUAAUAUGGGACAGAUCUAAAUGUCAGAUAACAUGGGUUAGAAAAUCAGGGGCUAUCUGGAUUUAAAUGAGUAUUUAACCACUAGGCCUCAUUGGGCAUUUUAGAUUGUAGUUCUCUGACCUUCUGGGGAUCCCUUUAUAAGGGGGAGAAUCUCUUCUUGGCCCAUCUGCCCUCCUGGCAUCCAAGUCCCCCAUCCCUGAUCUUCACUGUCCCCUUCUGUGGCUCUGUCCAGAGAGAUGUGUUUGUCUCGUAGCUGAGGGGUUGGGGUUAAAGUCCUAAUGCCAAAGCAGACAACACUAGGUACGAGAUUUCUUUAAAAGAACUCUAUGGUGUCCAAGAGUCAUCUGCACAGGAUGGGUAAAUCUCUGCGUGUACCCCAAGGUAUUAGCAAAGGGCUAAAGGCAUUGUCAGAUUGUGUGUACACACACACACAGAGUAGAGAGAGGGGGGCUGACGCUGUGGAGAUUGCUCUUGUGCAAGAGAUUGUGCUCACAGAGGAGGAAAGUGAAUUGAAAGUCCUCCUGGUAUGGACUGAGGUUUGGUGCUGGAUGCAGUCCCAACCCUCAACGCAGGAUUGAUCGUACUUGUUAAUAUUCCUGCAGAAGUACCCUUUAGAGCCAACCUGGCGCACAUGGGGCGAGGGGUGCUGGUCAGUUGUCAUCCUCAGUUUCCAGGGUUCCAGCUGGGCUGAUGGAAGGGGCGACCCUUUUGCAAUCAAGGCAGGUUUCUGUUUUGAUAGACUUUGGGAUUUAACCCCUUAAGAGCCACAAAGGUGGCCCGUUUUGCAGGUGGAUCAGGGCUGUGGGGUUGCUAAAAGCACUGUCUAAGGUCACACCUUUUCCUGUUACUCUCUGUGCCCCAGAACGAGCCACCCGUGUGUGUGAUGGGAAUAUUUAUUUAACCGCGCGGGUAACUUGUGGUUAUUAUUUGUACGGUGGCUAUUUUGUUUAGAAAAGCAGAAAGCUGACAACUGCUCCCAAUAAACACUUUUUGUUCUUUUUUUGA